UUGAAUAUACUUAUCUAUUUGUAUUUAAAUAUUUAUUAAAUAAUAUGUAUUCUGUGAACCCUGUUUAGAUCAGCUGUUUUAAUACAAACGCAUAUGGAGUAAAUUUGACUAUGCAAAUAUAAGCAAGGCGAGUUCAAUCUCAUUUCGCCUGGGAUGUGAGCGACAUUUUGCUUUGCCGAACAUUACCGUUAAAACAGAACUAAUUAUCAAGGAGCAGGAACAUUUUUGGUAAUCUAAUUAAUUUAAUUAAAAAAGUAGUGAAAAUAAAUGUAUUAAGCCCUCAAAACUAUGUGGUUGCUGAAUGAAUACGUAAGAUUGUCAAUCCAGCUACAAUGCUUCAUAUGGAAUAUCCACACCAAGCUAUUUAUGCACCACUAAAUCAGGUGAUAACCGAUUCCGACGAGGAGUCGGAAGAGGAAAUUCAUAACAGUAUAAAACACUCGAAGCAAGCGACAUACCAUCAACAACAGGUGAAUCACACCGAAAGUGUACAUAAAAAAGAGCCCCCCAAAAGUCUUGCACUGCGGAUGCACCACACCAACUUAAAAACAGCACAAUUCACAUCUGCUACAGGAAAGGACGCAGUACAAAAUCAAAGUCCGGAACCGCAACUCACCCAGCCCAGUAGUUACACAACCAAUAUGCAAAACACUUUUAGAUCCGUGAUGAUGUCCGAUAUAGGCAUAAAUGAUCAGGCCAGCAGUUUUUCCAGCUUUAACAGUGACUAUGACGAGCGCAAUCAUAUUGAUGCUGAUAAUGUGGCAAUUUUGGGUCGCAGCAGCUCAAAGGAUCUUAGUACCCAUGAGCCGAUGUCACCAGAGCGACGUUGCUGCUUUGUUUUUUCAUUGCUUUUAUGCCUAUUUACUGUUGUGGGUUUCAUACGGUUAGUGCCCUGCAAUCAGGCGUGCCCGGCGCCAGUAGAUCAAGUACGUACACAUAACUGGCUGAAUAAUUACACUAGAAUCGAGCUUAAAGGAGGUGUACACAUUGUGGGGGGGCUACGCAGUUGGGAGAAUAAUUUAAUAUUCUUAUAUCGUGGUGAUGCCUUCUUCCCUAAUAAUAAUAAUGCGAAACGCAAUGGUAUUAUUUCGCUAAUAGGCAGCUCUGGUGCUGUAGCCUGGUAUGAUGAAAUGGUUGAUGAGCCAGUUGCGAUUGAUUGUACACUGAUUGACGUCGAUCAUAAUGGCCGUUCUGAUUGCUUGGUGUUGGAUGAAUUCGGUGAAUUGGGUGCAAUAGAUCCCAUUUCCGGUAAUUGGCAUUGGCAUUACAAAGAACGUUCCCCUCACAGAGUAGCUGCGGUGGACUUUCCUGUAAUACUGCCGGAUCUAGAUGGUGAUGGCAUUUUAGAGAUACUAAUGGUGACCAGCGUUCCCUACGAAAUGCGAACACGCAACCUCGUCAACAAGGGUGAGCUAAGAGCAGGAAAUCAUCGAGUUGAGGAAAGAAAUUUUUUGCGUAUACUCUCUGGACGCAAUGGCAAACCGAUGGGGGAUGGCUUUAAGGUGCUAGACUGUGACAUACUACAUAAACUGCAGCUGGAGAAUUCUCAAAAAAUCACAUUCAAUUGCUGGCGAAAUAACACCGAGGCUCAACGUUCCAAAAGUCUGGCCGAAUUAUAUGCAUUAAUAACUAACAAAUCAAUUGCAACUGGGCAAAAACUUUUGCCAGCGUCCAAAAUUGCCCAGCACCGCCACUAUGGCCAGCGCAAAGAGAUUGACGCCCAGCGCAACAUUUACUCACUCAGUGGACGUGAACUGGUAGUGGAAAAUCGCGGCAAAUGCCCAGAUGACUGCAACGUCACUUUCGUACUACGAGAGACACGCGGCAACAAGACUACUGUACUACGUAACUUCACAAAUCCAGCUAUGUACGGCAUGGUGCCGGCACAGUGGCAUUUCAAAAACACGAAAAAUGAAAUGUCUGGCUUCAUAAUGAAAUUCUGGAAAUGGAACCAUCAAAAGGGCGCCACGCCAACGAAAGAAGAUAUGUCCACAACUGCGAACGGUGUACGUAAUUCGGCCGCAUUGAAUGCUAAUAAAAAGGCAAAAGCGCAUACAGGCAAGGAUAGCAAUGUGCAGGCAACCAAACAGAAUCAUAUCACAACCAAUAAAACGAAACGUCAGAGUGGCACAGAAGACCACGUACAUGAGUUCCCUACAAAUACGUUUAGCGCAUUUGACCAUCUCAUACAAAAGAGACAUACCUACACACUUCCGUUGGCGGAGCAGAAUGCCACACGCUUGCGUCGCAGUAGUAAUAGUAAUUUACUGUUAAAUAAUUACAAAAUGCAAAUGAUUACCGAAACUAUAAUGCUCGUCAUUUUUGUUGGCGCCGAUUUUCGCAUUGAAAAUACGUCACAAAGCAAUAUAGUACAAUUCUGUCGCAACGAUCAUAACGAAGUCAUAUGUCAACCGGAUCUAAACAAUCAGGAGAACUCCAUGCUAAUUGCCGAUUUCGAUAUGGAUGGUUCACAGGAAUUAGUUUCAUACUCUUCGACAUUCACACAACAUGGUGAUGAUCCAGAAGACUGGAAUUUGGUAACGUAUGUACGUUUGUUGCGGCUACAAGCCGAGAUGCCAGUUGUAUAUGGAGAAAAGUUGGUAGAUUAAAAGAAUAAUUGAUUAAGAAACUAAGAAAUUAAACAUCUUCAGCCAUUGUUAUAUAUGUAUGUACGAGUAUAACUAAACACAAACACAUACAUUUGUUGUAUAUCAAAAUGUUCUCAUAUUUCUCAUAUAUUGUAUAAGUAUAUUAAAUUAAAUCCUAUGCAGUACUUACAUACAUACAUGAUAAACUGGUUACCAAUUUAUAAA